AUGGCAACCGCUGAACCGGCCGCCCCUCCUGCUGCCUCCCCCAAGACGGCCAAGCCCGGCGCUGACCCUGCCGCUGCUGCUGCGUCGCAAGAUGGCGCCCUCACCGUGGCCGCCCUCGCCAACAAGUACCGCGCCGAAUUCGAGCAGACGUUCGAGGCCUUCCGCGCCCGGGCCCUCAAGCUCCAAGCCGACGCCCCGCAGCUCAUCCAGGAGACCCAGGCCAACGUCGAGCCGUACAAGCAGGACUUCAUCACCACCGUGCAGGCCACUGGCGACGUCACCACCCCGCCCGGCGUCAUCCUCUCCACGCUCUCCUGGGCCACCGUGCUCGUGCUCUUUUCCACCGUGGCCUCGUUCGCCUCCGGCUACCUCUUCGCCCCGAUCCUGGGCCUCGCCAUCGGAGGAGCCGGCGCCCUCGUGCUCGCCCUCGGCGCACUUCCGGCGUACAGCUACUACACGCUCAACCAGGACAUUGCCGCCAGCGCCUCCGACGUGACGAUCCGCUUCCGCCUUCUCGCGGCCGCCGUCAUCCAGGGGCUGCUCGUCGGCUUCAUCCUGCAGAACUCGUACCUCUCCGGGGCCCCGAUCGCCUCCCUCAUCCUCGGCAUCGCCGCCGCCGCCUACCCGUUCGCCGCCGAGAAGUUUGGCGGAAAUCGCCAGAUGCUGCUCGGUGCCUCGGUCGGCUCGGCCGUGGGUGUGACGCUGGUGCUCGGUCUCCUCUCUGGCUACCUGACGCUGCCCUACCUGCUCCUUUCGGCCCUCUACGGUGGUGUGACGGCCAUCACGCUCCAGUACAUGUACAAGAACGUCACCGCGGAGACGGCCCCCACCUACCUCUACCAGCUCGCCCUUCUCGUUUCAUUCGCCGCCGCCCGCCUCGUCGUCCACCUCGUCUUCGGCAUGGGCCCCGAGGCGUACGCCCAGUACAAGCAGGGCGCCACCGCCACGCAGCAGAACCGGCGAAAACGGGACAUCAUCGGCGGGGAGGGCGCGCUCCAAAGCACACCGAAACUAGGCGUAGAUUAUACACAGAAACAAGUCGAGCUGGUGGCCCGUAUACGGACGUGCAAGGAUUUCUACGAGAUCCUCCAGGUUGACAAGAACGCCAGUGAAGAUGAUAUCAAGAGGGCUUACAAAAAACUCGCUCUUCAACUUCAUCCUGACAAAUGCCGGGCUCCUCAUUCCACUGAAGCUUUCUCGGCCCUCGGCAGUGCCUAUGAUGUGCUCUCGAACGAGGAGAAACGCCAUCGCUACGAUAUGUACGGCAAUGAAGAGGCUGCCCCGGCUAGACAACGUCAGCACCACCAUCCUCGCCACGGGGAUGGCUAUUUCCAAUAUGAUUACUCGCACGGGUUCCAAUCCGAUUUCACCCCGGAGGAGAUUUUCAACAUGUUCUUUGGCGGCGUGUUCCCGGAUGAGGUGAUGCGCCGGCAGCGAAACCAGCAGUUUCGUCGUCAUUUUCGCCCACGCCCAGAGGAAGAGGAGGAGGAAGGUGUUGAGGCCGAAAAUGGUGGCGGGCGCUACAUGCUGAUCAUCAUCCUUGUCGCCAUUUUCAUGAGCUACAUCGCGCCGUUCUUGAACUCGCUGUCUGCACCACCGUUCUCGUUAAGACAAAACAGUGACUACCCGAUUCGCCGUGACACCGCCAACCUCCGAGUGCCCUACUUUGUCCAGCGCGACUUCAUGGAGCACUACAGCACCGAGAUUCGAAAGAUUGACAAAAAGGUGGAAGAGGACUACACGUACCAGCUGCGAGUCGAGUGCUACAAGGAGCAACAGCAAA